AUGGAGGGGAAACCCAAGUGGGAAGCCCCCGUGAGAGGUGGUACCGAGAAAGCCCUUUUUCCCCAGCCCAGCGUCAACAGACAACUGGACUCCAGCAUAAGCAUGAACAUGUUGCACCCAGAAGCUGUGCUGGGUUCUCUACAGUUUGGCUACAACACCGGAGUCAUCAAUGCUCCACAGAAGGUGAUUGAAGAGUUCUACAACCAGACCUGGCUAUAUCGGUACCAGGAGCCCAUCACCCCCUCCACCCUCACCACUCUGUGGUCCCUCUCCGUGGCUAUAUUCUCGGUCGGAGGGAUGGUUGGAUCUUUCUCAGUUGGGCUGUUCGUCAAUCGCCUUGGCCGACGGAACUCCAUGCUGAUGUCCAACGCUCUCGCUUUCUUGGCGGCCAUCCUGAUGGGAUUCUCCAAGAUAGCUUACUCCUUCGAGAUGCUGAUCCUUGGCCGCUUCAUCAUUGGGCUGUAUUCUGGUCUCACCACUGGGUUCGUGCCCAUGUACGUGGGUGAAGUGUCCCCCACAAAGCUUCGGGGAGCUCUUGGAACUUUCCACCAGCUUGGCAUUGUCGUGGGCAUCCUUAUUGCACAAGUGUUCGGUCUGGACGUGAUCAUGGGGAACGAUUCGCUCUGGCCGCUGCUGCUGGGCUUCACCUUUCUCCCAUCCUUGAUGCAGUGCAUCAUUCUGCCAUUCGCCCCAGAAAGCCCCAGGUUCCUCCUUAUAAACCGCAACGAGGAGAACAAGGCCAAGAGUGUCCUGAAGAAGCUCAGGGGGACGACGGACGUCAGCAGCGACCUCCAGGAGAUGAAGGAAGAGAGCCGACAGAUGAUGAGGGAGAAGAAGGUCACCAUCAUGGAGCUUUUCCGCUCGCCUAUGUAUCGGCAGCCGAUCCUCAUUGCUAUCGUGCUCCAGUUGUCCCAGCAGCUCUCCGGGAUCAAUGCAGUUUUCUACUAUUCUACUAGCAUCUUUGAAAAGUCAGGUGUGCAGCAGCCAGUCUACGCUACCAUCGGCUCUGGGGUGGUGAACACAGCUUUCACGGUUGUCUCGCUCUUCGUGGUGGAGCGGGCUGGACGCAGGACUCUCCACCUGGUUGGCCUGGCAGGGAUGGGAGGCUGUGCCGUGCUCAUGACCAUUGCCUUGGUGCUGCUGGAAAAAAUGGCUUGGAUGUCCUACAUCAGCAUCGUCGCCAUCUUCGGGUUCGUGGCUUUCUUCGAGAUUGGUCCAGGGCCCAUCCCGUGGUUUAUUGUGGCUGAACUGUUUAGCCAGGGCCCUCGUCCUGCUGCCUUCGCCGUGGCGGGUUUAUCCAACUGGACCUCGAACUUCCUUGUGGGCAUGAGCUUCCAGUACAUUGAGCAACUCUGCGGCCCGUACGUCUUCAUCAUCUUCACUGUGCUGCUGGUCCUCUUCUUCGUCUUCACCUACUUCAAGGUGCCUGAGACGAAAGGCCGGACCUUCGAUGAGAUUGCCUCUGGCUUCCGGCAGGGAGGUGCCAGCCAGAGCGACAAGACGCCGGAUGAGUUCCACAGCUUGGGGGCUGACUCCCAGGUCUAACCAGCCAGGGGCUUGGUCCGUCUCCUCUGAGCCUCUUCUCUUCUCUCCUGAGCGUUUUAAAUACUUGUACAGAAACCAGGAAGGAGGGAGUGGGAUGUUUGGGUCUUGUGCAUUUGCUCCAUCUCCAGUCCCCCACCAGCCACCUGGUUUAUCAGAGACAAACUGACAUCCCUUUGCUAGGAAUGAUUUUAGCUUGUUUUAUGUCCAGGAUUUCAAAGCCGAUAGAAACAGAUGCAGCAGCUAAUAUACACCAAGCAAUGCUUUCCAGCCCUCGCGGACAGGAAGGCAGCUCUCAUUUGAAAGAAAUGACCGGUUAUUUAAUGAGAAAACAAACGGCAAAAGUUUUUAGAGUUCAAAACUUUUUAAUGUUCUAAUCACAGGAAAAACAACAUCAUUUACGUUUUUAAAAAACAGAUUUUAAAUAAGUUGUGGUUUAAAAAGCAGUCUAAGGUUUUAGCCCCCGGGUUGGCUGUGGAACGAAACUCCAGGAAUAGGAAGCUGCGGGUCCAGGGGGGCUGAGGAGUGCACACGGCUAGUGGACACGUUCCUGCUGCCUGCACCGGUGGUUGAUAGUUGGACCCCGAGGAGGAGCGCAGGCAGCCUGCAGCACUGCCAGGGAUGGGUCGUGAGGGCCCUGCCUUCAGGGUCUCGCACCCCCAGACUCCCCGCGGUGCACGGUCUCAUAGCAGCAUCUCAGCUCCUCUGGUCGCGGAGCUUGUGUCCGGCCUCAUUCGCUCCCCCCACCCAAACUAGCCAGUUCGUUCCCAGGGGUUGGAGGAGUGGAGUCUGGGUGGGGAAGCCUUUUGGGGGUAAAAUUACUGACUACUUUUUUUUUAAAUCUGGCAAUAUUUGCCUGAUAGGUCAAAUGGGGCACUGCGUGCCAGCAGGGCCAAGCACAGGCCUCCGGCGCGCUGUAUAGAAAAAAGACUCCACAAUUGAAAUCCGAUCUGGCGCGGCUCCCGCCAGGAGCAGCCUUUGCCUUUCCUGGGUUGGAGGUUUUCUGAGAAGCAGAAGUGAUAUGUUUACAGGGUGCAGCAAGCCAGUUUGAGGUGAAAGGACCUGGCUGGUAACACCACACUACACAGCUAGCCCAGUCACUACCUUGGAAGUCUCCGCAGCACAGACAUUCAUCGGUUAAAAGGAUACAUACAUUUCCUGCUUUCUGUGUAUAGACUGGAAGAUAUUUAUAUAUAUAUUUUUGUUCAAUGGUGUUGAUAGUAGACAUUAAGUUAUAGUGUUCUGAUUGACCGGCAAAGUACUGUAAAUAUUCUUGAACUAUAUUCACGUUGUAUAAUGGAAACAAAGGUACAGAUACAAUGGUCUAGUUUCUAUAGCAACUGUAAGGAAAGGCUUGUACAUGAAUAGAUUGACUUUUAUAUAGUCACCUGCACUGUAGUUGCAUCUGUUGCACUGAAUUUUAGUCUGUUAGUAUAUUAAAACACAACAAUACUGUCCUUAAAAAACAAAAAGCAAACCCCCACAGUACAUAUAUUUUAGAAACUAAUGGCACAUUUCCAAAGCCACAUGCAGCUAUUUAAUAGUAUUUUUUUAUUUAUUUUGUCUGUUUUUAAAGUGACUAUGUGACCACACUUGAAAGAAAAUAAAUGUAGAAAAAAAACAAAGCGCAUCUCCGAGUGCGGCACAGAGACCGAUAGACUAACUCUUUUUAUAAAAAAAAAAACGACAGAAAGAAAGAUAAGUGCCAAGAGCAAGAGGGGAACCGUGUGUGGUGUGGAAAUAAUAAAGAAUGUAUGCAGAGACCCA